AUGAACCAGAACUUGUCAUUGCAUCCCAUGGAGGGCCCGCUUUCAAUGCCGUCAACGGAUGACGGCCCUCUGCUGUCCUGGGAAGAGAUCAGCCAGAAACUACUCCUUUUCCCCCACAGCUGCGGCUCCAUCAUGGAUAGCCCGCUGCCCACCCCUACCUCCGACCUCAACUCUCUACUCUCUGCUUCUUCCUACCCUGUGCCUGAAUCAUCCGUAUUCCGAACACAGCGCACUGCAGACCCCUAUGCUGACGUCCCGCUCUAUGGCGGCCUUCAGCUGGAGGGUGCCACUCGUCCAGACCUCCAUCGCGAGUCGCCCGAUAAGCAGCCCAUCUCUCCGCCGCACACCACUUCACCUGAUCACACAGAUGUCUCACCCAAGAAGCCCAAGCGCCAGUCGAGAGCCCCUGCGCCAUCGACUAGGAAACGCGGCCGACCGCGCAAAGACAUGGAAGGUCCUACGGGAGAAGAUCCCGAAGAGCGUCGUCGAAUGCAGAUCCGUCUCGCGCAGCGCGCCUAUCGCUCUCGCAAAGAAGCCAAUAUUUCCUCGCUCAAGGACCGUAUCUCCACGCUGGAAUCGGCCGUCGAGAAGAUGAGCGCAACCGUCAUCUCCUUCAGUGACGAGAUUGUCAACUCCGGAGUGCUGGCCUCGCAUGCUGACUUGACCGGACACCUGCGCAAAACAGUCCAGACCUGCCUGGACUUGGCUAGGGAGGCCGCCAGUGAAGGUGAUCAGGACAUCUUUGACUUGUCAUCCGAGAGUUCAAAGUCCCGGUCGUCGGUGACAGCAGAACCCAAUCAUGUAUCUCUGCCUGUGGAACUGAAUUCCAGCCCCACGUCCAUGCUGGGCCUUCCGGAGUUGACGAACGCCCAGGGUUUGCCCCAGGUAAGCUCCGGCAGCUUCUCUCCGUCGGAGCCGUUCAGCAUGUCUCCCAUGGAAUUGUCGGUGUUCAUGGAACGACUGCACAUUUCAUGUCUCUCGCAGGGGUUCCUUUUUCUCGCCAAUCCGAAAAUCCCCACCGAUCGUCUGCAACGGCCGUUUCGAUUCCUCUUCACGGUGAUGGACCGAGCGCAGAUAACAUCCUUCUUCGAGGCGGCUUUACACGCUAGAGUGAGCCGGCAACGCCUCAAAGACUGGAGAGAAGUACCUUUCUUCAACCUGGGCGGUGCAGGAUCCCAUUACCCUCGUAAGUCGCCACAGAAUCCGUCCUUGGACUGCCCUUGUGCCCCCGGAGGUCAAGGGGGGGAACUCGACGGCGAAUGGUUCGAUAUCCAGGACCUGGAGGGGUAUCUCCGCGAGAUGGAUGUGCGGUUGUAUAUCUCUCCUCCCUCGAGUAACCCGCCGAAGUCGUCGCGGAUGUCCGUAAACGUGGCCCGUUUUAUACCAGCUUUAAUAAACAAGGCGCUUUGCCUGGGACGCACGCCAGGAUUCCGACGGCACGAUGUGGAUAAAGCCCUUCGCUCAGCUAUGUGGGCGUGA